AUGGACGACGUCCGUAAGUUUUGCCUACUGCGCCAUGCUCCAGCGCAGGUUCGUCUUCAACUGUCGGGAAAAGGUUUUGAAAGUCUUUCUCUUGGCGAUCUUCUGAUGGAAGCCGACGCACUCACUCAACGUGCGAAGAUCGACGCUCAAUUGGUUGCCGCCAUCCAUCCAAAGAAUAACGGAAAAGGUAAAAACAAUAAAAAACAGUGCGGCUACCAUCGCAAGUUUGGAAAAUAUGCAAAAAGUUGCACAGGAAGGGAUAAAUGUAUGUUCUGGUCGGAAAACUUACGUUUCGCUGGGGAUCGUCCUGAUGACAAGGGAAACGAUCCCGGCUCGUCCUUGAGAGG